CAAAUCGUUCCUUAGUUCUUGCUGCAUUCAACCGCAAUGAUUUGUAGUUUCAAGGUCGAGGCAAGUUUCUGAUUGGUUGGCACUGCGCAUCCACCGGAUUGCUUCGCCUUGUAUCUUUACACCGUGGUCCAAAGCGUCCAAAGCGAACGCAGCCAUAACCCAACCUAACUUAACCCUGGUCGGAGCAUUGUCUUUUAAAUCAACGAUACUAACAAAUUGUAGAAAACGUGGCUAUAAUAGCAGAAGAAUAACUCGUCGUAAUGGACCAGUCAAUCGAAAAGAUUGUCAAAUGCUCAUUACUCCAUGCGUGAGCCAACGAUAAGAAAUUAUUUGUAAACGAAAGCGCGAUUAACUUAGAUUUGCACGAAAUUGCAACUUAUGUUGUUUGUAUCGAGACGAAAAGUUUUCUAAGGAUGGCAUCCGAGGACGUCAAUUCUCUUGCAGCGUCAGCUUCUUCGGAAGAGACUGGACAGCCUGUUAGCAGUACCUCGCAGGAAAGCAACAACAAGGAUACAAGCUCGGUUAAACCACAGACUCAGGCGAGCAAUCUCCAACGGAUACACCAACGCAAGCAGCAGACGCUCAACUGGCCACAGGAAAAGAAAUUGUUAAAACUCGCCAACUACAGUGCUUGCCAAGCGGAGGAGUGCAAAUGUAUAAACUGGAAAAACGCACAGCCACCUAUAAGGUCGCCGAAGGGCGAGAUACAGCAACCUGUUAUCACCUUUUCCGAUCCGUGCAAGACGUGUACUCAUUCUCUAGAAAAUCAUGUCAAGCACUUACCGGCUCAAUUUGUCGAGCUCAACAAAUUAUUGGGAAUGGCUGUCGACGCGGACAACAUUUUAACGUGUACACACAGAGAAGCGGAUCCCGAUACUAAGAAGGUUUAUUUUUACUUGUACAAGUUGCUGAGGAAUUGUAUUUUAACUAUGACAAAGCCAACCCUAGAAGGCAGCCCGUUCGGAAAGCCACCAUUCGAAAGACCUAUCAUAGCGAGAGCAGUGAUGAAUUUUGUUUUAUUUAAAUUUAGCCACUUGCCGCCAAAAGAUUGGCUAGCUAUGUACGACAUGGCAAAGAUGUUAUUGCAUUGCUUGAACUAUUGGAAUUUCGAAGCGCCCAGUGCCAGACAAGUAACAGUCAGUCCGGAAGAAGCCGCUGCUUACAAAGUCAACUACACCCGCUGGCUAGUCUUCUGCCAUGUGCCUGCAUUCUGUAACUCUUUACCACAUCACGACACUCCUUUAGUAUUCGGGAAGACUCUCCUGCAAGCAGUAUUCAGACCACUUUGUAGAGAACUAGUGAAUAAGUGUCACAUUGAAAGAGAUAAAUUAACGCCGGAGAAGAAAGUUAUAGUUCUAACACACUUUCCCAAGUUUCUUUCGAUGCUGGAAGCUGAGAUUUAUUCCGACAGUUCGCCCAUGUGGGAUCCUGAAUUUAAACAAGUACCGCCGGCUCAUCUGCAAGCUGUCCUGGAAUCGAAGGCGCAGCAAGCAAGAAAGACUGGCGAAUUUGAGAAAGUCACCGUCCCACCGAACGAAAAAGAUACUUAUACCACGAUAAAUAUUAGUCCCGGGAUAAGGAGGCUUCCCGAGAAGCGUUCUUUCGAAGGACGACCGGAUGCAAAGAAACGCAAGUGCGAAGAGGCUUUUGAGGAUUUGCCAGACAAAACUAUCGCUGAAAUUGUCGCGACUAUUAAUGACCCCAAGAACAUGUGUGGCCCAGACGCGGUAUUUCCUCCGGAUCUUCCACGAGACGAAACUGCGAAAAUUGAAGAGCGCAGGAAGAUCAUAGAGUUCCAUGUUAUCGGAAAUAGUCUGACGCAACCUGUGUCUAAGCAAACAAUGCUUUGGCUAAUAGGAUUACACAAUGUAUUUAGCCAUCAAUUAAUCAGAAUGCCCAGAGAAUAUAUAUCUCAAUUCGUCUUUGAUCCGAAGCAUAAAACGUUGGCCCUGAUAAAAGACGAUCGUCCAAUCGGCGGUAUUUGUUUCCGCACCUUUCCUGCUCAGGGUUUCACUGAGAUAGUGUUUUGCGCUGUUACGAGUCAAGAGCAAGUGAAGGGCUACGGAACGCAUUUAAUGAACAUACUGAAAGAUUAUCACAUUAGAAACAACAUACUGCAUUUUCUCACGUUCGCGGAUGAGUAUGCCAUCGGAUACUUUAAAAAACAAGGAUUUGGUAAAGACAUCAAGCUGCCCAAGACAAUUUAUCAAGGAUACAUCAAGGAUUACGAAGGAGCGACACUGAUGCACUGUGAUUUGAAUCCUAAAAUAGUGUACACCGCAUUUACAGCGGUACUAAGGAAACAAAAAGAAAUCAUCAAGGAAUUAAUUGCUCAGAAGCAGCAGGAAAUACAAAAAGUUCAUCCGGGUUUAACGUGCUUCAAAGACGGCGUAAGAAGUAUUCCUAUCGAAUCCAUUCCGGGAAUUCGCGAAACCGGCUGGAAGAAUUUCGCUCAGACGAGAACGAGAGGUGUGGCUAAAGGAACGCAAGGUUCAGAACUUGUAGACUGCAUGGACAUGUCCGAGUCUCUUUCUAACGCUUUGAGCAAUGUUUUGAAUAGCGUCAAGAGCCAUUCCACAGCUUGGCCAUUUCUGGAGCCUGUGAAGAAAGAUGAGGUUCCAGAUUACUAUGAUCAUAUAAAAUAUCCAAUGGAUCUCAAGACUAUGGAAGACCGUUUGAAAUCUAAAUAUUAUGUAACUAGAAGAUUAUUUAUUGCAGAUAUGACACGAAUUUUCACAAACUGUAGACUGUACAAUAGUCUCGAUACCGAUUACUGUCAUUGCGCGAAUGUUCUGGAGAAAUAUUUUCAGACGCGUAUGAAAGAGAUUGGUCUAUGGGACAAGUAGACUUUUCAAGUGUCUUGUGAUAUAAUAUACAAAGUAUCAAAACAA